AUGUCCGAAUUGAUAAGCGACGCGCCUCAAAUUACAGUUUACGUCCGGGUGACGGACCUUAUCGCAGCCAUGUCAUUGUCAUCCGGUGCCGGCGACAACGAUACCCCAGCCAGUCUCCCCGCCCCGGAUAUCACCACUCUCUUCUCGUCUCCGUCUCAUGCUCGUGCAGCGUUCAAGCAGUUGAACAUGGAUAAAGGUGCAUCGUACUACAAGAUUGACCCGGCUUUUUACGCCAAAUAUCCAGAACUCUACGACCAGUCAAACGACCUCACAGCAAACGGCGUACCACUCAAGCCAAGAUCGCAAAAGGUUCUUACGUACCCGAAACCCCUCGACGACUCCAUGGUUGAGACCUACCGGAGUUUCAUAGACUUUUCCAUGGAUGCCACCAGCACCAUCUCCUCAACGACGGCCUCGUGA